AUGUUUGGUAUCUUCUCUCGCUCUUUCAAAUCCAACAGCGGAAUAAUUUUCGAAAUUGCAGCUAAAGUGAUGUCCAACAAUGAAUCACCUGAAAAUGCAUUGAAAUUCAUGAUAUCAGGCCCCAGAGACAUGGGUCUUGCAGCCAGAAGCGCAGAGAAUAAGCCGUUUGACUUUCUUGGCGUUCUAUACGAGAGUGCUGUGGCAGGAGCUGCUGCUGGGGCAGUGGUGGAAGCUGUUUUAUAUCCGAUAGAUACCAUAAAAACUAGAUUGCAAGCAGUUAGUGGUGGGAGUCAAAUUGUUUUGAAGGGCCUCUACUCUGGAUUGGCUGGAAAUCUUGCUGGUGUUAUACCGGCGUCGGCACUAUUCGUCGGCGUAUACGAACCUACAAAGCAGAAACUGCUGAAGCUAUUUCCUGAAAACUUCUCUGCCGCGGCACACUUGGCUGCAGGUGCUGUUGGAGGAGCAGCUUCAUCUAUCGUCCGAGUACCUACUGAGGUAAUUAAACAAAGGAUUCAGACUGGCCAAUUUGCUUCGGCACCUGAAGCUGCUCGCUUGAUAGUUGCAAAAGAGGGUUUUAGAGGCCUGUAUGCGGGAUUUGGAUCCUUUCUGUUGCGAGACUUGCCUUUUGAUGCGAUUCAAUUCUGUAUUUAUGAGCAGCUUCGAAUUGGCUACAAAUUAGCUGCCAAAAGGGACUUGGAUGAUCCUGAAAAUGCAAUUAUUGGUGCUUUUGCUGGUGCAAUCACUGGUGCUAUGACAACGCCUCUUGAUGUGAUAAAAACCCGACUAAUGAUACAGGGAUCAAAAAAGCAGUACAAUGGUAUAGUUCACUGCAUGAAUACUAUUCUCAAAGAAGAAGGAAGCUCUGCUUUUCUUAGGGGGAUGGGAGCUCGGGUGGUGUGGAUAGGCAUCGGUGGUUCCAUAUUUUUCGGAGUUCUUGAGAAGUCGAAGCAGCUGCUCGCCCGCAGGCACCGUCUUAAGGAUAAUUGA